ACGUCCAGCUCAAGUUUAAACAGCACCUGGGUCAGCGACAUCUAGAAGACAUUCUGGUGGAAGAGCUCUGGUGUGAUUAUCCUCUUCUGCUAUCAUGAAGGUGGCUUUUUGUCUGAUUUUUACCCUGACGCUGUUCUUUUUGUACUCAGAUGCUGCCAUUGAAGAAGAACCAAUGCCAAUUGAUUGCAGUGGUUUUCCCAGAUUAGCAUGCACCAAGGAGUAUGAGCCCCAUUGUGCUUCCAAUGGCAAAACCUAUGCCAACAGUUGCCAUUUCUGCAAUGCACAUGUACGAAGUCGUGGAGUUAUAAGAUUCAGUUACUAUGGAAAAUGUAAAAAAUAAUGCAUUAUAGAUCCAGAGGAUUAAGAGAUACUCCUCCAAGCAACAUGGCCCUUUCCCUGUCCUCCCUCCCUCCACUUUUGUUUGCUUAGCCAGGGAAUAUCUUCCAAAUGAAUUUCAUUUGUCAAUAAAAUGAACUAUGCAUCCUGA